AUGAAUCCAAAAGAGAGUCAAAAGCCGUCUACAGAACCGCUCUCAGAGCGCGAAAAGCAUCUCGUCAGCACUUAUGGGAAGUUACCUCACAGAGGGCUGCUAGGCCAAGGGUCUAAGCAUCGGACCUACUUCGACUCUGGUGACUAUGCGCUUGCUGCAGCUCAUAAAGCGACGGAUGAAGGGACUAUCCAAACUGGAACAGCCCAUCCAUUGCGGGAGAGCAUUCCACAUCCCUAUGCGCCUGUCCCGAGCUCUGGUAAUAUCGCUGAAGAUGCCAACAAGGACUUGUGUAGGAGGAGUUCAAGUCCUGAAUAUGGGAAAGUUGAACUCGAUGUUUAA